AUGACAUUACCUCAGCAGUUCGAUAGUCAAAUGCCAGACCCAAAUGUAACCCAAUUGAUUCAAGAAGAAGCAGCUCUGGAAUCAGAACCCAAUGAACAAAUGGAUCAGAAGCUGGGCACUCAAGAGGCGAAUAGUAUGCCAACAGAAGAAACCAGUGAGUUGGAUGAGGCAAACGGGACGGAGCUUAAUGAGCUUGGAGUUCCGACAAAUGCAGUCGAGGACACAAGUGACGUGGACGAGCCGGUAGAUGAUGUGCUAUGGGGUGGUUUCUCUGAGGUUCAUGUUUCAAGUACAGAAACACCCAAUCCGUUUAGUGGCGAUGACUUCAGUGUGUUACCAACGGCAACGGUAGAGCGGAAAACAUCACUGAGUGCCAAAUCCCAUCCGGCUGAUGAACAGCUAAAAGCUAUUGCACGCCCAAGGAACAAACCUGUCCGUCAAGAAACUCUUUCGGGAAACAAUCCAUUUCGUAAGCGAACUGACAUGGAUCAGGAAGAUGAAGAAGUGGAUGAACUGACACGAGCUGCGGCGGGUAUCGAACUGGUCAGUGUGAAGAAGCCUAGUUCGCAUAAAAUACGUGACAGUUUUGAGAGUAGUGGAAGUUCGGUGGAACAAGACACCGGUUUAACUCUGAAACCGGUGGCAGAUGAUACGUACGAUACCACUAUUGAACCCCAUGAAUUGCAAGAAACAGUAGAUUCCGGAUUUGAUCCCUUGAAAACAAUCUAUCCCGAGAGUGAGAAUGAAUCGUUAGCAUCAGAAGAUCAUGAACUGAAAACCAAAGAACCUACCCUAUCUAUCACCAUCAACAAACUCCCCACGGAGCCGAAAUCUGCAACGGAAAACAACGUUUCAGUUGUCCCGACGAUUCAAGCUCCCCCCAAACCACCUGAACCAGAAAAACCCAAGUCAAUACCAGAAGUAAAGCCGGAAGAACCGCCAAAAGAUGCUGAAGUUGUGAAACAUGAAUUACCCGCAGGUUGGAUUGAUUUUAGCGAGGAGCCAGAAGAGCCGACAGAAAAGGCAAUCUUAUCCGCAGACGAAGCUUUUAAUGUGGAUUGGGCCGCCGUAACACGCAGCCAGCCCACGGAACCAGAACCUCCGAGGCCAGAUACACCAGAUCCAGACCUUGAUAUUCCAUUCCAUCAGCCCGCAGAGGAGGAUAAAACACGGGUGAAACAGGUGAGUAAGUACACGACUGAUCGAUACUGGCGCGAGAUAGCCGUACACUUCACCAUGGACCAUGAUCACGAGAAUACGAAGCAAAUUGCUCCGGAACCGUACCGAUCGAUUCGGAUUGAGCCGUACAUGCAGUUGUCACGGGAGAAAUUGCAACAGUAUGACAAAUACGGUAAAUUACAUGUGUUCAAAUUGAACCAUGUGUCCUAUCGGGAAUUGGUCGGUAUACGACCAGAGAAAUUCUCAAUCAAAACAUUGCAAAAUUUGGUCACACACAAACCGAAGCAGAAUGUGGCCGUGGAUCAUUUGCCCGUGUACACAGAGAUACUCAAAUUCGGCUCGUUAGAUCAGAGUCGCGUACGGCAACUGAUGCCCGUGUUCGAAGAUGCCCUGAUGAAAAUACCCGCGCACAAAGAUAGCACAUUGAACUACAGUCGCGAAGAGGUGUGCUGUUACGUGGUUGAUGAAUACCAGGGUAAAGUAUCGAAAUUGGGCACGAUUGUGGAACAAAAAGCUCGAACCCGGAUACUUUGCACAGCGUUUGUAAAUGGUGGACCGCAUAUUGUACUUGGUUUGAAUGACAAAUGGCGUUUUGGUCGCGAAGUGGUCCGACGCGCUGAUAUUCUCCCGGUAAUGCAUGAUGAAUGGAUUAGCAUACGUAAUCCGGAAUUCCAUUCCUGUGUGGAAAUGGAUGCGUACGAGAAAGAUCACAUGCUCAAAUUUUAUCCGUUGGACGGAUGUCGAUUUGAGCUGCUCCGGUUCCGGGUGAGUUUGCGCGGGAAUCGGGAAUUGCCAAUGCAAGUCAAAUGUCUCUAUUCAAUUGACGGACGUCGUGUUUGCAUGCGUUGUGAGCUACUUGUGCCCGGGUUCUUCAGCGCAUGCAAUCGUAAAGGUGCUGUACCGUGUGAAAAUGUGGAAAUUCACAUCCCAGUACCCGAGGACUGGAUCUAUCAUUUUCGUGUGGAGAAACAUCACAAAUACGGCUCAGUGCACUCCACUCUGCGUAAACCGGGACGAAUCAAAGGUUUGGAACGGAUCACUCAAAUGGCUCAAAGCUUGUUGCCACCCAGUAUUUUGGAAGCUAGUAUUGGUUUGGCAAAAUAUGAACAUUUGUACAAAGCCGUGGUUUGGCGUAUCCCAAGAAUACCGGACAAACAUGAAGCCUCAUUUCGUCCACAUUUGCUCACAUGCAAGCUGAAUUUGGCUGCUCACGAUACUGUCCCCGAAUGGGAAACUCUUGUUCCCGACUGCCAAGUAGAAUACACCAUGCCCUCGAGUACCGUAUCCGGGGCAACUGUUCGUUCAAUCAGUGUAGAGCAUACCGGAGUGGCUGAGAAAUUUGUCAAGUAUACAAGCAAGUAUCGCUAUGUUGUCGAAAUAGACUACCAGCUGGGUGCACGUAAAGAACCGUUAUUGAAAGGGAUUUUUGACGAACCAACGCAAACAGCUGAAUCUGAGACGGCAGAGGAAGCAGCGCAAGGACCGUCAGCGAAAACGGAUCAGCAAGAACAACUAACAGAGCAGCCACCUACCGGGGAAGUUGCUGACCUUUUGGGUUUAGGAAUGGACUUUGGUGAAACUGUUCCGGAAUCAAGACCCAGUCAGGAGUCUGCAACAAAGGGGGAAAAUACGUUGGAUUUGUUUUAA